AUGAAAUUUUUACCAAAAGCGCGUAGACUAUUUACUACAGAAACUUUCACCACGCAGUACAGCGAUAGAACAUACCCAGGCAAGAAGCUUCGUAUUCCGAUGCUGAUUAUGACACAAUUGGGCGAUAUCGGAGAAGAGUCAUUAAACUAUAGCCGCGCACUGCGGAAAGCUCGAGACAACAAUGCUUCCUAUGAGAAACCUACAUUUGAAUUAGAAAUACUGGAGACCGAAAGACUAAUUCAAGGAAUGCAAACAGUGGUAACGAACUCAGACGAUCACGACAUUUCUCUCUCAUUGAGGCUCCCUCGUGGGAUGCAACCGUCUCGCCCAGCAAACAGCAGUAGCAGCAGUAGCAACGGAGUCACGAUAAACUGUACAUACUAUAUCAACAUAGAUUUGUCUGGAUACUCGCAGCAGGAGCCUCAACCAUAUCAGGACGCGUACCCUCCGAGUCAAUUUGAUUACCCCGAGGAGCAGUACGGGCCAGUGGAGGGCGUUGGGCACGUGGAGCAAAGAGAGCAGCCCGAGCAGCAAUAUGGCGUUAUUUACGAUAGGGCUGAAGUUCCCAUGGAAGAUAAUCAGCUUGAUCAAUCUGCAAUGGGAGAAUAUCACGAGACCAACGAGUACAGCAAUUUCGAUAGCAACAACGUCAAUGAUAGCAACUUUGUAGCAGGAAUUACGCAACCAGUUAAAGGUUUUGAGCAAGUUGAGCAAGUGCAGCAGGUGCAGCAACCUGUACUGCACUGGCAAUCAACGCAACCAGCUCGCCAACCCAUUCGCAAUGUAUCAAAAGCUCCAGAUCCAACCGCUGAGCCGUACUGGGGAUCCAUAUCUCCACAACCGGAACCAGCCGCAGCUCCUGUAGCUUCAGCUAGGAGAUUACCAACACAAGAAGUCAACCAGCCACAUGAGCAGCAUCAUGAAGAAUUGAGCAAGUCGGAUCAAAUUCGCAAGAGAAGAGCUUCGAAUCAUUCUGAAGACGAAGAGCGCAGGGUGAGACAGGUUUUGGAUGGUGACAGUAUGGUAUUGGAUGAAGAGGAGCACAAACCUAGCGCAGAUCAACUGCAGCAGCGUGCUUUGGAGAUGUCUGAACACGCAAAGAGUGUUGCUGUUAAGAGGGAACAGUCGAACGCAGCUACGUUUGCUGCGUCAAGCAGGGCAAACACCGCCAAAACAGCUGGCACAUCAAGCAUUGCGAAGACAGUAAACACGGCCAGCACCUCAAAAAUAGCUGAUGAAAUACAGCAAAAGCAAGCCAAAGCUGCUCAGCAGCCUCCAGCAGCCUCUGACCAAACUUUACGUCCUCAGACACAUCAUACAGAUACAAAUGGAAACGAAAACGGUAGUGUUGAUGGAAACGUAAGCCCCAAGGCAAAUGAGAAAAAAGCAAAUAGCAAAACAAACAACAACACAAACACGGUCGCAAACAAUGCAGCUACCAACAACAAAGAUACGGCUAGCAAGACUACUGAGAAAGGAGUUGCUCCGAAAAACGCAGCUACUGACUCAGCGAAUACUACUGAAGAAGCUACUACUAACAUGACUAACACUACUGACACUACAAGCAGCACCACCAACAAUACAGACAAAAUAGCAAGUGACAUGGAUCUACAGACAAGAUAUAUGCCAGAAGCACGAAAGAGAAAAGCGCUCAAUAAACUACUACAAAAGCCAUCGUUUAUUGACUAUGCGCCGCUAUUCCGUAAGCGUCUAAGACCCGCGCAGGACUACUACCUCGAACAUCUCCUACAUAAAGGGAGGUUAUUUCCGGUAUUUGAUGAUCACAUAUACUGUGGACUAUGCGUUCCCGGCUGGCCAGCAUAUUUAGGAUUUGAAGACGAUUGUUUUGUUGUGUAUGGGAGGGUGAAUGGAGUGACGCAGGCUGUGUGGAUGAUACCGAUUACUGUGGUUAAGAGUAUAGCUACUUCAAGUUACACAAGUGAUCGCUCAGAGGAUACGGUGUUGGCGUUUCACUUGAAACUAAAUAGCAGUGUGGUGGAGUAUAUCAACGAAUGCGAUGGUAAGACACCACUCAGAAGUAGUCACGAUGCGCUUGCGUUGCGGAUAAAGAGCAAUAGAAAGUUCAACUUUCAAGCGUUUGACGACUUUAUAGACCAUGUAUUUGAUUGUGCUGAAAGAAACGGUGUUCCUGUAUACAAUACAAGUCACCGCCAAUUCGAAGCUGAACGGUCGUGGAAGGCCAAGAACCAAGUGAAGACUUUUACAUAG